CUCUGUCCCGAGUAGGCGCUAUAAAGGCGGCGCGUUACCGAACAUCUGCCUUCUUCAUCUUUCCUGUCUGGAAGCUGUGCAGCUCCGUGUGUCACUCCACGUGUCCUCGUUGAAAAAAACAACUCUCAAGAUGACCCAUCAGUAUACAUACCUGUCUCCAGAGAAGAAGAAGGAGCUCUCUGACAUUGCUCAGAGAAUCGUUGCUUCAGGAAAGGGAAUCCUGGCUGCAGAUGAAUCAACAGGAACCAUGGCUAAACGCCUGCAGAACAUCAAGGUGGAGAACACAGAGGAGAACCGCCGCUGCUUCCGUGACAUCCUUUUCUCCAGCGAUCCGUCGAUCGCCAACAACAUUGGUGGGGUCAUUUUCUUCCACGAGACCCUCUACCAGAAGGCAGACAACGGCAAGCUUUUCCCUCAGGUCAUCAAGGAGAAAGGCAUUGUUGUUGGUAUCAAGGUGGACAAAGGCACAGCUGAACUUGGCGGAACUAAUGGAGAGACAACCACUCAGGGUCUUGAUGGUCUGUCGGAGCGAUGCGCCCAGUACAAGAAAGACGGCUGCGACUUUGCUAAGUGGAGGUGUGUGCUGAAGAUCUCCAAUGGCUGCCCGUCAGCUCUCGCCAUUGCAGAGAACGCCAACGUCCUCGCCAGAUACGCGAGUAUCUGCCAACAGAACGGUCUGGUGCCCAUCGUGGAGCCAGAGAUCCUGCCUGAUGGUGACCACGACCUGCAGAAGUGCCAGUAUGUGACAGAAAAGGUCCUGGCUGCCACCUACAAGGCUCUGUCAGACCAUCACGUGUACUUGGAGGGCACUCUGCUGAAGCCCAACAUGGUCACAGCUGGACACGCCUGCUCUAAGAAAUACACCCCUCAAGAGGUUGCCAUGGCUACGGUGACUGCUCUGAGGCGCACUGUUCCCGCCUCAGUCCCCGGCAUCUGCUUCCUGUCUGGAGGCCAGAGUGAGGAGGAGGCCUCUGUUAACCUGAACGCCAUCAACCAGGUGCCCCUCCAUCGCCCGUGGAAGCUGACCUUCUCCUACGGCCGUGCGCUCCAGGCGUCUGCUCUUGCAGCCUGGGAGGGAAAAGCAGCCAACAAGAAGGCCGCACGGGAUGCUUUCUGCCUCCGGGCCAAGAUCAAUAGCCUGGCUUCCAAAGGAGAGUACAAGCCUUCAGGUGCAGCCGACCAGUCGUCCAUGCAGUCUCUCCACACUUCCAACUACGUCUAUUAAACCCAGUGAACACUUGUAAAAAAAAA